AUGUGCAGGAACUGGUGUACCUUUGUGCACAGUCAUGUGCAGACAGUGGUGGUGCCAUUUGGAACAAAGAAACAAGUGGUGAAGGAUCAGAGUCCAUGUCCUGAUGGGUCACUGGGCUGCCAGAGGAUCAUAUACAGGCUGUUGACACAGUUGACCAACAGACAUAAACAGAAGGUCGUCACCUCUCUCAUCUGGCGCUGCUGUCCAGGAUAUGGAGGUUCAAAUUGUGAGGAAAAAGGUGGUCCAGCAGGACUUCAGCUGCAGCCGCAGCAAGCUGACCCAAACCAAGAACAAAAUGACCACUACACGUCCUUCAGCCCUCAGUACGAACAGAGCAACCAGCAGAACUCCACACAGCCCGAUCAGGACCCAUCACACACUCACACUUACCAUCAUCAUCAUCAUUAUCACCAACAUAACCAACACCAAGCCUCAGAACAUGAGCUGAGCAGGACACAGUCACCAGAUCACAUGCUCUCCCCUCAUCCAGACGUCCACCCCAUCCACCCCGUCCACCCCAUCCACCCCGUCCUCCCCGUCCCCGACAUGGUGGUCCUGCUUAUGUCUCAGCUGCAGCCGGUCCUGGAGGGCUUCAACCACUCUCUGGAGCACCUGAGCCGGCAGGUGAAGGUUCUGGUCCAGGAUGUGGCCGAUCUGAAGGAGAACCACCUGAGGGAUGGGUCAGAGGGGGACCAACUGGACAAAGUUUUUCAGCAAAUUGGGACUGUCCGGAGCCAAAUGGAGGAUCAGCGCAGGAACAUGGAGAACAUGCUACAGUCUCAGCAAGCACUGCUGCACCAGAACCUAAGCAACUUCAGAAUGGAUGUCAACCUGAACCUGAAGCAUCAUCAGAAGCAGCUGCAGGCAAUGAAUGCAACAUUAACUGAGCUGAAACUGGACCAGGAUCAGAACCCUGACCAGAAACCAGAGGACCAGCUGCCCUCCACCCCCCUGCUUCAUCCUGACGCUCCAUCAGAGACUGUGGCACUCUGGGAAGCCGUCACACGUCUUGACAACAUGGUGGUCAACAACACCGUGAAGGUGGGCGGCCUGAUGGAGGAUGUGGAAACGGCAUCUGGCGCCGUUGAGCAGCUGAUGCAGCACCUGAAGCUUCUGGAUAAGCAGAUCAAUGAGACAGCUCGAUCCAGCCAGGUUCUGUUCAUGAUGACGGGUCUGGAGGUGGAGCAGUCCAGGGUGUCGGUGCAGCGGCAGGUGGAGGAGCUGGCAUGGAACGUGACGCAGCACGGGCAGCGGCUGCAGGAGAUGGACGUGGACGUGGACUACCUGUACACGGUCCUCUACCAGCAGAACCUGUCCUCGGACUGCAGGGCUCUGAAAGCUGCUGUCGCUCACCUCGAGAGGGGCAUGGCCAACCUGACUGAGCUAGCCAAUGAAAACAGACUGGCUCUGGAAGAGACCGGAGAGGGGGGAGGGGCCGAAGAGAGUGAAACCAGUGACUGGGAACCAGCAGUUGAGGCCCUGCAGCACAAAAUCCAGCAGGUCGAGGACACUCUGGUCUCGGAGAAGAAAAGAACCAGGACUCUGGACCUUGGCAUGACCCAGCUAAGCGGCUCCAUCUCAGCUCUGCAAGAGUCGGAAACAAAGCAGGAGGCGCAGCUGAAGCUCCUCUCCGCCUCCUUCCGCUCUCUGCUGGAGGACGCCAUCCGGCACAGUGAGGUGCUGCAGCUCCUGCUGGGGGAGGAGGUGCUGGAGUUCCUGGAGUGGACGCCCCAGGAUCAGGAGGCCCACACCUUGCCAGCUCUCAAGGAGCAACUCAGGGAUCUGCAGGAGCAGCUGAGGCUUCCCCACGAGACAGGAGACAGAGAGGAGGUGCCAUCUGCUGACCAGCCCUCCUCCUCCCUCCCCUCAGACUGGCCACCUGGUGGACUAAGAGGAAGCAGCCGAGGGGGGCCAUUAGUGCAGAACCAGCCGCUGUUCCUCCACCCUGAGAUGAUGCAGCAUGCUGGAGAUGGCAGCGACCUGUGGAACUUAGAGCAGAAGGUAGAGGAGUUGCAACAGAGGCUGGUCCAGCUGGAGGAGAACCCCUGCUCCUGCAACAACUCUCCCACCGACAGGGAGGCGCCCCCCACAGGAGUAAAGGUUCAGCUGCUGGAGGAGGUCAUGUGGCUGAAGAAAGAGCUGCAGGAACACCUGAGAGUCUUCAAGAAUGUGUUCAGUAAUUCAGACCUGCUGGCAGCAACCCAUGAGACACUGGAUCUAGACAAGCUGUGGGAGUUGAUGAAGAAGAGAGACAAGAAGAAAAGAGGAAGAGGAGGGAGAAAGAGCCGCAGCAGAAGGGAGGAGCCAGGUGUGUUUGCAUCAUUCGACCAAUCAGACGUCUCUCUGCUGUUUGUGGGCGGAGCUCCUCUGAAGCUCUCCAGAGGUGCCGUCUUGUUCCAACCGUCUCAGAAUCAGGGUCAGGUCUACUCCAAUGCCGGCAUCUUCAUGGCUCCGGUAGACGGGAUGUACCUGUUCAUCCUCAACUUAGACCUGAGGCCAGGCUCUGCCCACGUGCUCCUAAGGCGGGGUCAAGACAGGGGCGGAGCUUCUGUGUCUGUGCUGCAACAGGAAGUGACGGAGGCGGGUCUUGUUAGUGGCAUGAGCUUUCUGCUGCUAAGGGAAGGGGAGGAGGUGAGACUGGAGGUGAGGAGUGGGGAGUGGGCGGAGUCAAAGGACAACAGUUUCACAGGAUUCUUGCUGCAUCGGAUCACCUGAGGGUGCCAUAGGCAAAUCUGCUGAAAAGAGGGUGGAGCCUCAUGCGAUACACGCACCUUA